AUGCGUCUAAUCAGCAUGCGGCACAGAUUGCCACUGGAUGUGUGGCGGCAGCAGCACCAGUUGUGCAAUAUUACGUUUGCGUCAACCCUAUUCCCCCAAUUUCCCCCACUCCUCCCCCAAAACCCCCCACCCCCCUCCCUUCGCCCCGUUCUGCAGGCAGGGGUUGCGUUCUAUGCAUGUGUGGAGUCAGCAGCACCAGCUGUGCAAU